UGCACAGUUGAGAAAGCCAAGCCAGGACCCGAUGAUAUAUUUCCCACUUUUUUCAUUGGAUUUGGCUGUCACAUGAAACUCGACACAUAUUCAAGAGCAACUUUAGAAACGGAAGAUCAUGUAUGAAAAAGCGAGUGCAUUCGAUCGAAUUUAUAGAAGUUUGCUGCUAUCCAAGUUUUUCACGCGAGGAUGGGGGAAUCCAGCGACGAUCAAACGGCAGUUUGAUUUCCUGAGAGUUCUUGCAGAUCGUUCUUCAUGUCAGCAUCUUGUUAAUGAACACUACCCUGUAAACAUUGAUAGCGAUGUCGAGAAGGGCGAAGUGCGGAUUGUUGACGGAAACUUCAGGUCCCCUUUUGACCGAUACCUUCCUAAUAUCAUGCCAAAAGAGGUCAAAACAGCAAGAUUUCAGCUGAUAGUUCCUACUCGAUGGCCCAGCCAAAGGAAACCAGUAUGUAUCCAUAUGGCGGGUACAGGUGACCAUUUUUUCUGGAGACGGAGGACAUUCCUAGCGAGACCUCUAAUCAAGGAAUACGGCAUCGGGUCAUUGCUGAUUGAGAAUCCAUUCUACGGAUGCAGGAAACCCAAAGAACAGCUACGAUCCAGCUUGCGGCAUGUGAAUGAGUUGUUUGUGAUGGGAGGAGGUCUGAUCCUGGAGGGAUUGGUCAUGCUACAUUGGUGUGAGAAACAAGGCUUUGGACCCCUUGGCCUGACAGGAAUAUCAAUGGGUGGGCAUAUGGCAUCCCUAACAGCAACCAACUGGCAUAAGCCCAUCCCCUUGAUCCCUUGUCUUUCCUGGAGCAGUGCCACACCUGUCUUUACGGAGGGAGUCCUCAGCGGGUCCAUCCCGUGGCCCGUCCUUGUUACUCAGUACAUGGGCCAACACCUGGAGUAUGAGAGGGAGAUCAUGAAAAGGCUGCAGAAGUGCCCCAAGACGGAUGCGUUCAGACUUGGACAGGAGUUUGCCUGGAGCUACCCCGAGAGCCUGGACGAUCUCCAGGAUGUCACAGAUGACCAACCAGCGAGAACCCACCAACAUUCACAUCACAAGAACUCCAAGACUGUGCCAGAGGAUUUGACAAAACCGCCAAGAUGUAACCAAAGCAAGAAUACCGUCCAAGAGUUGAAUCAGUGCAAUGGAAGAACAGAAUCGUGCUCGAUGAGUGACGAGAAACAAAACAAUAAAAGUGCAAUAGAUGAUUGGCCAAUGAGUAAACUGGACUUGCAAGCAGCUGUUGUGAACUCUUUGAAUGGUUCUCCAAGCGAACUUAAUAGAGACUUAGGGAGUUGCCAAACAGACGAUGUUAGAGUAGAAUGUGCGCAAGAUUCAAAGACACAUGUCAGCAACCUGAACAGCUCUUGCAAAGGACCAUCCGCUGUAGAUAGUGAGAUCCACAUUCAUCAUACAAAAUGCAGAUAUACAGAUACAAACAAAGGAUCAACUUUGGAUGUGCAAGAUAUUGCUGGAGUUCAGUUUUCUACAGAUAAAAAUAUUGCAGCCAACCCCAAGAUAUCGGAGAAGAGAAGCGGUGGAACUCAUGAAAAGGAGAAUAAAAAGAGAAAGAACAAAGGGAAGAUCACAGAUAUGGAGAAUUACCAGGAGUUGAAGAAGGAGGCAUUGGAAUUCAUGAGAGGAGUGAUGGAUGUCACUACGUUUGUUGGAAACUUCUCCACUCCCGUGGAUUCUAGCUUGGUGAUCAUCGUUAGCGCCUUGAAGGACGGCUACAUCCCAAGGAAGGGGGUGCCAGGGCUUGAUGAUAUAUGGCCAGGAGUUGAGGUACGAUACAUUGAUGGAGGACACGUUGCAGCCUUUCUCUUCAAGCAGGCAGAAUUCAGGAAAGCUAUAAAUGAUGCCUUCAACAAGUACUUGAUCAAGUAUGAGAGCAUGCCUACAUCUGGAAGCAAAUCAGAUCUGAAAUCAAGGCAGGAAAACAACUAAGGGUGCAUCUAUACUUGUAUUUUCAGGGCCAGAAUAGUAAUAUAAUUUGAACCAUUUAUAUAGCACAUAUAUAUUUACGAAAAGUAUAUGCUACUGUGCUUAAUACUUGGUAUCAUAUUAUUACUUUAACUAAACCACCACAUAGGUGUCAAAGAUCGUUGCAUACCCAUUCAACUAACCUGAAUCAAGUGUCGCCAUUGUGGAUGAAUUUUACUUUUAGCGGAAGGAAAUACUCAACCAAAGAUUCUCUGAUUGAAAGGAGGGAGUCAGAACCACUAACCUUGACACUUUCUCAUAAUCAGUGAACUGAAAUAGUAUCGGCAGGUAUGUUACUCCCAAAUAUUGGGCAAUACUGCUAGCAGACCCAUGCCUGGUAACUGAAUUCAGCCCAUCAAAGUUGAGUGUAGACCAGUUCUGGGCAAUUUUGGUCACAUGAUCUUUUAUUUCUUUCAUUAUGAUAGGCAGAUUUCAAAGCUAGAUAUUAUGUAA